AUGGCCACUGCUAACGGUGAAAUACAGGCACACUAUGACCAGUUCCAGGCUGGCGUGACAUCGGCUGCCUGGUCACAUAGCCACGACUGGCUUAUAUCAGGCGGACAAAAGGGUGAUGUCAAGUAUUGGAGACCAAACUUUAACAACGUCGAGACUGUCGAUGAUGCGCACCAAGAAGCCGUCAGGGAUCUGACAUGGUGUCCUAACGAUUCAAAGUUUCUUUCAGCCUCGGACGAUACCACACUGAAAAUAUUUGAUUUCACUGCGCGGACGUGCGAGAUGGUCCUGACUGGGCAUGGAUGGGAUGUUAAGUCUUGCGAUUGGCAUCCAACAAAGGGUCUGCUGGUUUCAGGCUCCAAGGACCACCAAGUCAAGUUCUGGGAUCCUCGUACAGGCCGGUGCUUGACCACCCUACAUACCCAUAAGAACACCGUCACUACCACGAAGUUUUCCCCAGUCAACACCAACUUGUUGGGAACAUCCUCUCGCGACCAGACCGGCCGUGUGUUUGACCUGCGUAUGAUGCGGGACAUCUGUAUACUUAGAGGCCAUGAUAAACCAAUUUCGUCUCUGGCCUGGCAUCCAAUGCACAGUAACAUGAUAUCCACCGGCAGCGAAGAUGGGUCCUUGUAUCACUAUCUACUUGACGAGCCUAAUCUUCCUGCCGGGCAGAUGCCUACUGUUGCUCCAUAUGGCACUACAGAUCCCACCAACGCUCCUGCUCAGGUAAUAUUCCCAGCGCACAAGAUCCAGUAUGCCCACGGAUCGACUAUUUGGUCCCUUGACUGGCACCCGCUAGGCCACAUCCUCGCUUCCGGAUCCAAAGACAACUUUACCCGUUUCUGGUCCCGUGCCAGACCAGGGGAGAUCAAUUACCUCAAGGACCGAUUCCACAUCGGAGAAGAGGCUGCUGAAGCACAGGGAACAUGGAACCGUGGAUUUGGACGGAAACAGAUGCGUGAGGAAGAAGAACAGGAAGCACAGGCAGAAGACGAAAGUCGCAUGGACCAAAGACAAGCUGCCGAAUCACAAAUCCCCGGAAUUCAAAACACUGCUGCUGAAGGCCAAGGCCUACCGGGUCUCCUUCCUGGUAUUGGGGCAUUACAACCUCCACCUCCGCCACCACCUAAUGCAUCCGGGGCGCCCCCAGCUCUUCCACAGAUGGAUCCCGGGCGAUUGGCUGCCAUGCUAUCCCAAGGCGGCCUUCCUCCUCCACCUCCGCCGCCGGGCCAGGGUCAACAACCUCCAUUUCCCCAUGGCACACAGCCUCCCCCACCACCUUUCUUCUCUAACCCGAAUAUGCCGGGCAGCAUACCGCCGAAUAUAGCUCACAUGUUCCCCAACCCACAGUUCCCACCUCCUGGAAUGCCACCCCAGAAUUUUGGGCAGCAGGGUUAUCCUCCGUCAGGGCUACCGGGGCUGUAUGCUGGAGCGAACGAAAAGCCAAAGUGA